GAUACUCUCCGUCCAAUGAAGGCAGCUUGGGCGACAGCGAUGAUGACUUUGUGCCUAGCAGCAAUUCUGAGCCUGGCAUGGAAGCAGAUAAUGGAAAUGCAGCAGGCGAGGAUGGGGGCACCUCCCCACCAGCUGGACCCCAACUGGAGAUGGAACAAGGACCACGCCUGCCGCAUGCGGGAUUCCACAGGCCGAUUUAUCAGUUGCCGCAUGACUACCCGCAGCUCCUGGAACGCAUGGCCUGUACGGCCCUACGAGAGCUUUGCUUCUUCUACCUGGCCCAGCAUCUGCACAUCAGGUAUCCGGAUCGUCGCUCCUCGCAGGCGCGCUAUCUGGCUCAGCGAAGAGCACGCGGUCACCAGGACCCUGGAGAUGUAUAUUCCUAUAUCUUUGUGCAGCUUGAGGAGCCCAGGGACCAGCAACUGGACGAGGACUACCGCGCCCUUGCAGGCAUCCUGGACCAGGGUAUACCGGAAAAUGACCUGGGCUGGAUCACCCGCAUUGGUGGCUCCACGGACCCGCCGCGCCAUGUAUUCCUGCAGCAACUGGCAAUGCUCUUGCGACGCAGUCUGCGCCGGCAUUUGCAGCCCUCCAGCGCGGACCAUGUCUCAGCGCACAUGGUGGAAGUGGCCCGGGAAAUGGAUUUGUUCUAUAUCCCGACUUUGCUUUCAUUAUAUCCCUUGCUGGAUGACAGUGGUAAAAGAGAUUUCCAGCAGUGGUUCUAUGGCUAUACGGGCCAAGACCUCAUGCAGGACGAGCGCCGGGAAACCUUUCCGAUCCGGGAGCCUGCUUCGGGCUCGCGAGGCACCUCAGGCCCGGCAGAAUGCGAGCAGCCCGAGCUCUACGUCGACCUCGCCGAUGCCGAGUUCGCGGACCUCACGGAGCAGGAGUUGCAGGACACCUCGGGCGGCAACGGCAACGGCAAAGGGGGGGACAAGUGGCCCCGCUCGCAGAGCAAGGGCAACUCCCGCGCAUCCGACGGUGGUUGGGGACGAGACCACCGAGCACCUCAGCGCCGCUACCGGCAGUGGGACUGGGACAAGGACAAGGACAAGGAGGACAGGACCUUCGACCGGGCGACGGAUCGCAAGCUCUACGAGCUGUGCCUGGCGAUGAGCCGGUUGAUCAUGAGACACGAGGACCAACUGUCCAUCAACAGGGCUCAGGACAACUUCGUGAUGUUUGCCCAAACACAGGGAGUUUUGUCGGCCGUCCCGGAGCUCCUCAAGGCCACCGAGGCUUGGAGACAGAUGAAGAAGGAGCAGCCGGAGAUCAUCACCAUCCCCCUGAGGACAUG